GUACGCAGAGGGAUCACUGCGAGACGCGCUGUGGAGAGCCGUUGUGUGCUGUGGUGUGUCCGCAGGUGGAGUGCAAGGGCAACGACUGCAGUGAUGUGAAGUGUCAGACGGUGUGCUCGCCGCCGGCGUGCAGCACCAGCUGUGCUGAGACAUGUCACACGCAAUGCGCCAAGCCAAAGUGCCAGUGGCGCUGCAAAGCGAACCCCGCCUGUCCGGCGCCAAAGUGCAGGAUGAACUGCACCAACUUAGACUGCGCCAUGACUCUCUCUGCUGGCAAUGCCACGGCGGCGAAGCUAAAGAAGGCUUUGAUGAGAGAUGGCAAGGUCAUCGUCUCUGAAGGGCCAGCAUCCUUGGACCCCAAAGUCUUGGUCGGUGCCGCACCAGCGCCAGCGGCGAAGGUUGUGGUGGAGGAACCCAAGGAACUCAACGAGCCGAAGGUCCUCCCCGCCGCACCC